AACCAAGAGAUCAGAUCAGUCGAAAUCAACAAGUUGCACUAAAAAUACCCACAAUGUCCAAGUCGGGAAUAGUACUUUACGGAGCGGACCUAAGUCCUUGUGUCAGGACCGUGAAACUGGUCCUCAAGGCUCUGGACGUGGACUAUGAGUUCAAGGAGGUCAACAUGCAGAAGGGCGAGCACCUCUCGGAGGAGUAUCUGAAAAUGAAUCCCCAGCACACGGUACCCGUUUUGGAUGACAAUGGCACCUACAUCUGGGACUCGCACGCCAUUGCCACCUACUUGGUGGACAAGUACGGCAAGUCGGACGAGUUGUAUCCCAAGGACCUGGCCAAGAGGGCGGCCAUCAACCAACGGCUCUUCUUCGAUGCCAGUGUCAUCUACGCCUCCAUUGCCAGUGUGACUGCUCCGUUCUGGAUAAGCGGAUCCACUGUCGUGGCCCAGGAGAAACUGGACACCAUUCAUCGGGGCUUGAAGAUGUUGGAGACCUUCCUGGCCAACAGCAAGUAUCUGGCUGGCGACUCCGUGACCCUGGCCGACCUGUCCACUGGACCCACAGUGUCCUGCCUACCCGUAGCCGUGGACAUCGAUCCAUCUGUUUAUCCCAAGACUGCCGCCUGGCUGGAGCGACUGAACCAGAUUCCUUAUUUCAAGGAGAUUAAUGAAGCAAAUGCCAAAAAUUACUGCGCCUUCAUGCGCAGCCAGUGGACCAAACUGGGAGACUAACUUGGCUAAUUAUGUAUUUUUAUGGAUUUUAAAAUAAAUAUUAAAUAUUAAAUUAAUAUUUCUCCAUGGCUUGAGGAGAGUUAUCAUAA